AUGGAUAAUGAGUCUUUGAAACAAUUGGCCAGAUAUCACCCAAACCAUCCAGAGCCAUCAACAAAAGCUGAAUUCUUUGGGUUCAUCAAAGACAAAAAUUAUCAAGAUCCAGAUCCUAUUGAACAUCAAAAGUGGAGGAAUGACGAAGAAAUAAAAGAAGCAAGUUAUGCAGAUGAGUUGAAAACACUUGCAAGCUUCAAAGAAACUAGAAAUGAGUGGUUAUUGAAAGAAGAGAAAAAGAAAAGAAGCAGGAAAACAACUCCAAAAGUUCAAGUAGAGGAGGGUUCAUCUUCUCAACCAAAGAGAAAGCGUCAAAAGAAAAGUGUUGAGACUAUGCUUGUUGAUGAAUCUGAGGAAGAAGAUGAAGCUGAAUGUGAAGCUGAAGUUAAUGUUGAAGGAGAUGUUCAUUUAUCUCCUGAAUCUGCAAAGUUUUUGAAAUCUCUUAACGAAUAUAAUGCUGAAAAAGAGAAGACAGCUGGUGAUGAAGGUGAUAAUGAAGAUAAAAGUUCAUCUGAAGAAGAAAUUGAUGAAACUGAACGUGCGAAAAGAAUUAAAGCUGAAAUAGAGAAAGAAAAGCAGCUCAAGAGAAAGAGGAGAGAGGAUAAAGAUGAUGAAUUGUACAAUCCAUCUCCUGAGCAUGUUAUAGAAUCUCAGACACCUCCAUCAUCUGGUGGUAGGAAGAAGACCAAUGCAAGAAAAAGUGUGGUUUCUCCUAAAGCAGCAAGAAGAAAGUUGACAAUCAAGCUGCCUAAACGCACAUCAAAACCAAAGUCAAAACCAAGUCAACCACCAUCACCACCACCUGAACCAUCACCACCUCAAUCACCACAUAAAUCACCACCAAAACAACCUACACCACCACCAUCACCUCUACCACAUCUAGCACCACCACAUCUUUCACCAAUUCAAGAACAACCUGUUGUUACUUCACAACAAAUCUUUCAAACACCACCAUCCACACAACCACCUGUCACAUCCACUCUUGGGAAUAUUCCUCAUGAAGACAUUGGUGAUUUCAAUUUUGCAAGUGAUGAUCAAGUAAAAAGGUUGGAAAAGAAAGUUAAAGAAGUGUUGGUUGAGAACAAAAAGUUGGUGGAUCGUGAGAAGAAACUAGAAAAGCGUGCAGAGAUUGAUAUUCUUAAAGUAAAAGUUGCUGAGUUGGAAGAAGAGAAAGCACGCAGAGAUGAGCAGAACAAAUACUUAAAGAACAAAGAAUUGGAAGCUGCUAAAGCAAUGAAAGAACACGAGAUAUACAUGAUGAAUAAAGUGUUAGAAAAUUUGCUUGGAAAGUCUGUUGAGCAGAGAUUUGAAGAGAUUGAAGUCGAAGAGGUUAGAGCUCGACGUCAAGCUAUGAUUGAUGCUGAGAUGAAGAAUAAAGGCAAGGGUGUUGAAGGUGUUUCGGAUGUUUCUGAAAGAUCAAUUUUUCCAUCAACUGUACUUGAAUCUCCUGUUCAAAAUCCACGUCCAAUAUCUGUCGUUUCUGGUAUUUUUGAAGAAGACGUGUUAAUUAAUGAUGUUAUUGAUGAUGAGGAAGAGGGUGGUACAGGAAUUAAAGUUUCUGAAGCAUCAAAUGAACAGAAUGUCGAAGAUUAUCUUCACGACGAUGCGAAUGAAGAGCCUGAGGAUGCUACAGGUGAGGAGGAGAACGUUGGUGAUCAGAAUGUUGAUAAAAGAGAAAAGUUGAUUUUGCGUAUUGAGCCUGAAGUUGAGGAAGGAGAAAUCAGGCAUACUUACACCAUGAAUGAUAUUAUCGAAAUGACGCGUAUUGAUGAUCCUAACUUCAAGUUUGACUUUGAAGAAGAGUUGAAUGCGUUUGAUAUGAAUCAACAGCCCGAGUAUCAGUACAAGUAUGUUGAUGAAGCUGAUAAUUAUGAUAGGGUUGAGGUUGAAGACUGCAGCGACAAAGAGAAUGUGAAUGUAGAUACUUCCAACUUUCCAACGCUUGUUGAGUUUUUCAGUCAAGAGAACGUAGAUGAGUUGAGAAGGAAAGUUGUUGAAUGUCUGAAAGAUAAGAAAUUUGAUGGUACAACGAAAGAUGCACAACGCGAAGAACGCAAGAAGUGGUUAAGAAAGAGUAAUUUGUGUAUGCCUUACUUGAUUACCUCAUAA